GCAGAGUACAAGUCACCGGGAGUCCGAGUGAAGUGUUGGGACUGCCCUCGGAGCUCCAAAACAUUUUACGCUCGGGCGACACUUUCCGUCUGUUUUCACCGCGUGGCUGCGCUCCCUGAGCCCGGGCCAUCACUCCCACACUGAGAGCUCUACUUUCCUCUGAAGGACCCCGGGGCUCCAGACCACGCACGCGGCUCCUCGCCUCUGCCCCAAACCACUGCGCUUUGCAUGUGGUGAGCAAUUAAGCGGGAGAGGUAGGAGGAGAACGGAAGUUUUUUUUUUUUUUCCUUGAUUGCAAAGUCGGGGCGCACCGGGACUGAAUGGUUGAGCCCAGUCCUCCAGCAUUACAGCUCCCCUUGUGUGGGGACGGGACCAUGAAGGCUCUGGGUGUUAAAUUGGAGCAAGAAGAGCCCCCCAGCACCUCCCCAUCUCGCGACUGGACACGAGGCCACCCACAAGAGACACGCCAGGACAGGUCACCAGGGACAGAAGCCUCCCAAAGACAGAGUCCCACAGUUGUCAAAGAAGCUCAGGAAAGACCAGACGGACAAUCCAACCUCAAGGAAGUCAUGCCCACCAUUGAGAAGCUGCUCAACACUGACUGGAAGGAGAAACUUCUGGACAAAGGCUCAGCAGCGGGCGGACAGCUGAAAGGUACCCCCGAGUCCCUGGCGGAGAAGGAGCUACAGUUAUUGAUGAUGAUAAACCAGCUGAGUGGACUGAGGGAGCAGCUGAUGGGGGCGCACUCAGAGCAGAGGAACAUGGCCACUCUGCUCCUGGAGAAGCAGCAGCAGCAGAUGGAGCUCGCCCGGCAGCAGCAGGAGCAGAUCGCCAAACAGCAGCAACAGCUCAUCCAGCAACAACACAAGAUCAACCUGCUCCAGCAACAGAUCCAGCAGGUAAACAUGCCCUACGUCAUGAUACCAGCAUUUCACCCAAACACACAGCCCCUGCCAGUGACCUCUGACCCUCAGAUGACCCUGCCCCUCCAGCCGAUCCCAUGCAAGCCAACUGUGGAUUACCCGAUGCAGCUGUUACCGAGUCCCCACCCAGCGCCCAGCAAGAGAGGCAGUGGCUCAUUCAGACAGGAAGCCAGUCAGCCAUUGAACCUGACCUCCAAACCCAAGGGGAUGGAGCUGGGAAAGACACCCAGUCCCCAACUGGAGCUGAGCACACUGGGGCUGCAGGGGGCUUACAGACCAAGAGAGCACCCAAGAGAAGUAUCCCACAGCCCGCCGCGGUCUGCACUCAGUUUCCUUGGAGAUGGAGAUGUUGUGACCCAAGCCAUCCAUGAUGCUCAGCAGUUGUUGAGGAACCACAGCAAAGACACCAGAGACAGGGACAGCGGAGGAAAGCCGGAAUACAAAGAGCCCCCUCUGAGUGAGAGAGCACCUCCGGGUGAACGCAGUGACGACAGACAGCCCACCGCUGAGGACCACCACAGCAGUGACUCCGAUGGACCUCAGCCCGCACCAGGCAGCUACCCCGAGGCCCGACCUUCUGCCUCCUCAGGCCACAUCAAGAGACCCAUGAACGCGUUUAUGGUGUGGGCCAAGGACGAGCGGCGCAGGAUCCUCCAGGCCUUCCCCGACAUGCACAACUCCUCUAUCAGCAAGAUCCUGGGCUCCAGGUGGAAGUCGAUGUCUAACCAGGAGAAGCAGCCAUACUAUGAGGAGCAGGCUCGGCUGAGCAGGCAGCAUUUGGAGCGUUACCCUGACUACAAGUACAAGCCUCGGCCCAAACGCACCUGCAUCGUGGAGGGCCGCCGCCUCCGCGUAGGAGAGUACAAGGCCAUGAUGAAGAGCCGGCGGCAGGAGCAGAGGGGCCCAUACACACACAGCCAAACAGAACCACAGCAGAUCCACUACCCACAUGGUGAAGGCCAGUACCAUGGUAGUACAGGCCCUGUCUCCGUGGCAACCAUGCCCUUCCACCCGGCACUGCUGGAGCACUGGCAGGUUUCCUCUGCUGGUCGGAGACCAGAGGUCCCGGUCAAGCCCCCACCCCCCAUGUCCCGGGACAGGGACAGAGAGAGGGACCCCAACCCUUACAGUGAGGGUGAGGAGAGCGAUGGAGGAGAACGUAGUGAGGGAGAGCUUGUGCUCUUAGCAGACUGAGGAGGAGGUACAUGUGAUGCUGUAGAAAAUAGGGACAAAGGGGCACUUAAUUUGGUAAGUGCUUACCUUUGGAACUUAAGAGAUUUUUAACAAAACAUUUUAACUAACAUUUUACCUGUACAGACAAUGAUAAAUCAAAUCCCAACAGGAGGGAGAUCUGAGGAUACUGCUUUUAUUACUUUUCACUAUUAAGCAUUGGUUAGGGAAAUAUGUUUUACUUUUUUGUUUUGUGUUUUGCACUUGUUUGGCUGUGGCAUCACUCAAAAUGUCAAGGCUUAGGUGAGCACAUCCUAUAGACAGGCAGUUUUUUAUAGGGUUUACAUUAAAGAGGCAUUCACUCAAAGACAAUCAUUAACUCACUUUAACACCACUCAAGACAAUUCGGACAAUUUGAUGGUUCCAUGUUUCUUUCAAAAAAUCAUAUUCAUUUUGUUUAUGCACUUAUAAUUUGUAUAAGCUACAGUGUCACUCACAAACACACACACACACAUGCAAGUCUGAAUAGUGUAAAGUUAUAAUAGAUUCUUACAUAGGUCCUCUCUUUGUGUAAGAGAUUGAAUGAUUUUUUUUCUUGCCCUAUUUGGAACAGCAGUCCAACUUUUCUGAGGUGGAGAAAUGUCACUUCGAUGCUGCCCUCUUGUGGCUUGGAAAUGCAGUACAAUAUUGUUUUCCCCAAAUGCACUUAUUGACAGCUGAACUUGAGGUCCAGUUAAAAAGGCACAUGGUAGUCUCCCUCACCAUUCUUGUCCUGUUUUUUUCUGUAAAUGCUGUAUUUGUGUAUCACUUUGUUGCUGUUUUUAUAAUUGUUUGCUCUGUGUUUUAUUGAUUGACCUCAAACCAGAUUUCCUGUCAUGUUGAUGCACACAAUGUCCUACAUUUGGGGGAAUUUCUUAUGAUGUAUUUUUUUACUUAUUCAGAGAUUUCCCUCGACCAUUUCCUUAAGUACAUCUGUUACCUUCUAUAGACUGAAUAAGGGGUGGACAACUCGCAAAUACAUGUUGGCUACAUGUUUUAUGACCACUUCACACAAAGGACUGUUUAAAUAUGCAUUUAGGCACUACUUGAAAAAUGCUGGCCACUCCUGAACCUCCUGUGUCAGUGAUGCUGAAAAACAUGUCCAAUUAGAAGUUCAGUGUGAGAUAGUGAACAGUUAUCAAAAUGGUUAAGGGCUCUGUAGAGUCUGCCUUUAUAUCUGAAGCUGGUUGUAUUGGAACUGCCAUGUUAUUUUACUGAUGACAUGCUCCCAAAGCCACUAGUCACACCCCUGCUGAUGUAAAUACAGAAGAAAGAGACUAUAUUUUGUUUAUAAGAGCCAGUGUAAUUUAAAGAUGUACAUUUCUGUUUUCAGAGUUGUUUUUUUCCUUGAAAACCAAUAAAUUGGUUGUUUUACUAACUGGA